AUGGAAGUGUUUCAGCAUCAGCUACUCUGUCUUGUUGGGGGUCUGAUCUUUUUCUGUACUCUGGUAAAAUGCAUCAGAUUUAUGAAAGACCUUUUCCCAUAUAUCUAGAGUUCUUUACCUUAGGCUUUCUUUCAGUCAGUGGGAGAAGGGUCUGUGGUCACAGGAGCAGGGGAUGGGAUUGGAAAAGCAUAUUCCUACAACCUAGCAAGAGGUAGAUUAACUAUAGUGAUGAUAAGGAGAACUUUUGAAAAACUGAAUUUGAGACAGAGGAAAGCCAUCUGGAGUACUUGUUUGUUGGCUGACAGUGCUGUUUGCGGCCAUACAGUUCUGUACAGACAAGGAGCUGCAGAGAAAAUCCAAAUGGCUUUGCAGCAAAAUCCCGAGAAAGGUUCAGAUUAUGAGAGUGUGAACAUCAAAACAGUUACAGAGCAGGCCACAGAUCAAAACGUGAAGGUUACACAGGCUGAUUUCACUAACAAUUCAGUGUAGGAGAACAUUGAAAAGGGUGUGAAAGACUUGGGUACUGGUGUACUAGUUAACAAUGCUGGAAUGCUUCAUAAUCCUCUUCCAUGCCCUUUCCUUAAUAGGUAAACCAUACAGGAGGACCUUGUCCACUGCAGUAUUAUUUGUAUGAAAAUACAAAAAUUGAAACAGAUUCAACCAAGUCAGGAAGGUCUAAUUCUGAAUCUCUCCUCUGGUUUGAGUGCAUUGCCUUGUCCGUUAUAUACAAUGUACUCAGCUAUAAGUUUGUUUGUUUGCAACUUUUCACAACACCUACAAGCAGAGUAUAAGGCAAAGGUAAUUAUGUUAUAUACAGUGAUUCCUUAUGGUGUUUCUGCUGCAGUGACAAUGUACCAAAACCCUGGUGUUAUUACAAAGACAGCAGAAGAGUUUGUUAGAGAAUCACUGGAGUAUAUCACCUUUGGAGAUGAGUUUUUUGGAUGUUUUAUCCAUGAAACCUCUGAUUGA